AUGGUCUUGCUUUGGGACCAGACAUACUGGACUAGGCUCUGGUGCGUGUUCGAGUGUGCAGCCUACUUGAAAUUGCAACUCGAUGGUGAUGCCUCCAAGAGGAUGAAGGUGUUACCGGUGCCCAACGGCAUGCUGCCGUGGGGAACGUUCUUGACCAUCUCGGUGAUGAUACUCUGCAUGAAAAUGUCAGCGAGCUUUUCCGGGGAGAGGCUCACAGACAUAUCGUUGCAAGAUGCGGUGAUCAGCACCUCGGCCAACACGGUCUCCGUGACCUUGUCUGUCCUCUGUCUGGCGUACGGGGGCCUCCGAUACGUAAGUUUGCUGAAGGACCAGCGCAUCCAGUUACAGAACUUCUCCCUGAAGGGGUCGAACUGCUUCUGCUGCGCGGUCGGGCACGUUAACCCGAAGAGCGGCGAGAGCAUGGGCUGCGACAGAGUCCUGAUCGAGGCGUCCGUAGUCGCUUGGUUCGGAUGCAUCGAGGCCUUCGAGAGCUAUGUCCGCGACACCACGCACGAUCUCGUCCGCGCCCGUUCGUUCCUGCCGUACAGAUACUGCGUCAUGGGGGCCAUGCCGUGGUUCCUCUGCUCCAUCGGCGAAGCAAUCUGGCUUUGGAGGUCUGGCGACGUGUUCUCCGCCCUGAUCUACCUCAGGCUGGGGGCCAGCGGAACAUUCGUGUACGUGCCCCUGUUUACCCGCGUCGUCUUCUACUCCUUCGACAUUUUUCGGCCGAGGUCCGCGAUAGGGUCUCCGCUGUUCCGCGCGAUAUUGGGUUGCACUGCGUUCUGCGGGUCGCUCCAGUUGAUCUUCUCUGCCUCCCAUUGGUUUCCAUACCUUUUCGUGGAUUAUGUCCUGUGGACAGCGGUGAACAGCAUCUUCUACACCGGCAUAACGGCCAUACUCUAUCUGUGCGACAUCUGA